AUGGGGAAGAUUGAAUUCUUCGAGGACAAGCACUUCCAAGGCCAAAGCUAUGAGUGCAGCACCGACUGCACCGACCUGCGCUCUUAUUUCAGCCGUUGCAACUCCAUUAAGGUGGAGAGUGGCUGCUGGGUGCUGUAUGAGCUCCCCAACUACACUGGCCACCAGUACAUCCUGAGCCCUGGGGAGUACCCUGAUCACCAACAGUGGAUGGGAUUCAAUGAUAGCAUCAAGUCAUGUCGCUGUAUCAAAAAUGUCUACGGAAAGUCUUGGAAGAUCAGGUUCUACGACAAGCAGGAUUUCGGAGGUCAAGCAGCAGAGUGUGUUGAUGACUGCCCAUCGAUUUACGACACCUUCAAGCUCCGGGAGUUCCACUCCUGUGUGGUGAUGGACGGUGCGUGGGUCCUCUACGAGCAGCCCAACUACCAAGGACACCAGUACUUCCUGGAACGUGGAGAGUACCCCAACUAUACAGACUGGGGCGCCACCUCCCCUGCUGUGGGAUCUUUCCGCAUGAUCAAAGAGUUCUAGAACAGCAGUCACCAUGCAAGGUUCUGCAACCCCUAAAAAUAAAUUGUUUGAAUGCUGGGGAAACCAAUGUUCUAGAAUUCUAAAGAAGAGUUCUUAGAAUGCCUGCAAGGUUCCAAAGCCCUACGGCAACCAAAAUUCCGCUAAGGUUCCGGAAUCUUGAGGAAGUUCUAGAACCCUUCAAGAAGUUCAGGGUUCCGAAAGGUAACCAAUGAUUGAGAACCCAUCAGUCUUCCACCUGCUUUUUUCCAUUUGGACACU